AUGAAUAAAAAAACAAUAUUAUUUUUAUUUUUAUUUUUAUUUUUAUUUUUAAUAAAAACUGGAAAUUCUAAAAAUAAUGAUGGUGGAAGUGGAAGUAGAGGAGAUGAUGAAACUAUGACACUUUUAGGAGUUGAAGAUGCAGUAGCUUCAGGUUUAUCAACAACUACACGAACAUCAGGACCAGUUACAGUGCCUCCAGAAGUAACCUUAAGUCCAAAUGUAAUUUCUACACUUUCCAGAUUUGCAUUUCCUUUUGAUAUAAAAAAUUACUUUCAAGUUUUUAGUGAUAAAUCACUUAAAUUCACAGACUAUAUUUUAUCAGUAUCAAUUCAAGAUCCAGUAACUACUAAUUUUCAACAAUUAUUGUGUUCUCCAUUAGAUUACGAAGCCACAUGUUUAUUGGAUAUUGGUAAAACUGCAUACCUUGAUAGAAAUAUAAUUGUAACUUUAAAUUCAACAUUUGCAACGCACACAUUCCCAAUAUCAAUGUUUAAUGUUGACUCAAUUACUCAAGUUAGAGACACAAUUGUAGCAAAUGGAAAUGGAUUUGAUAAAAUUAGUUUAAUAUUUUGUUAUUUUGUCAUUCAAGCUACUAGUGGUCAAUACUCGUAUAAUCCAACAUUAAUUUCCUCAACAAUUUUAUCAAUUCCAAUUAUUGAUGCAUACAAGUAUGAAAUGAAUGGAACUGUUUCAUUCAAGUAUUCUGCUGAUAUAGUUUAUCAAGAAACACUUGCACCAUUUGUACCAUUCAUUAGUAGUGUUUCACCACCAUUAGUCAAAUUAGAUACAAUUGUUACAGUUACUGGUGUAUUCUUUUUCCAAAAAACAAUAGGGUCAUUGGUAUUCAAUGGUUCAUAUUAUAGUGAACAAAAUAUGGACCUGUAUUCACUUGACUUUUCAAAUGAGUCGAUAAUGUAUAUUAAUGGUACAGCACUUUCAUUUUAUUUUCAAGGAGAUGCCUCUUUCACCUUUAAAAGAAAUCAAGAAUCUUUACCAUUUAGCGAUACUAGAUCAAAUUUAGUGAAUUUGAAAAUUGUACAACCAAAAAUCAUUGAUAUUUCCUAUGAUAUUUCUCAAGAUUUAUUAAAUAUUAGAGGAAAUUUCUUAGACCCCGCUGUAUAUGAAAUUAGUUUAAAUGGUUUAAUUUUUAAUACUGAUAGUAUUUUACCAGAUCCUUCAUUAUCUACUAAAACUAAUCUUUAUUUUAAAAAUCCACAACUUUACUAUAGUUCUGCAUAUUUGGUUUGUUUGGGUACAAGUUCAGCUGGUUAUUCACAAUUUAAAAGUCAAUUAAUACCAAAAUUAGUAAUUUUAGAUAGGCUUGUUAAAAGAGGCGAUAGAACAAUUUAUUUAUCAGGUUCGUACUUAUUACCAAAUGAUAGGGUUAAUAAUCCAAUUUAUUCAAUUAAUAUCUCAAGUAGUGGUAGUAGUAGUUCAAAUCCAAUUCAAUGUUAUAAUAUAAAAGUUUUAAAAUAUUUAUCAUUUAAACAAUUAUAUAAUAUUUCAUGCCAAGUUGAUAAUUCAUUAGAAAAUGCAAAUAGAAUUCAAUUUAAUAUGGUUGAUACAUCAGUUCCUCCAAUAACUUUUAGCUUUUCUUAUCAACCACCAACUAUUACAUCAGUUUCUUCAACAAUUUAUAAAAAGCCAGGUGUUGUUACAAUUAAAGGUAGUUCAUUUUGUUCACAACCAACUAUUACAAUUGGUGAUGAUUCAUGCUCACAACCUAUACUUUCAGUUGGUAAUGAUUAUGAUAGUUUAACUUGUAAUUUCCAAUCAAAUGCUGGUCUAUCAAAUUCAACAUUACUAGUUUCAAUCAUAUGUGAUACCAUUCAAAAUACCUCAUCUCAAUCAUUUGUUUAUAUAAGAGAUGAUCCAUGUCCAUCAUCAAGUACAGGUGUUUGUUCAGGUCCAACUAAUGGUAAAUGUAAUGAAGAUCAAAGACAAUGUGAAUGUAAUACUGGUUAUUCUGGAUUUUCAUGUUCAAAUAAAGUAGAUACUCAAGUUAAACCACCAAUACCAAUUAUAAAUGAUACUAAAACUGUCAUUGAAACUGGUAUUGAAACUGGUGUUCAAUUUGAAAUUGGUAUUAUUCAAAUUAGAGAGAUUCAAAGUUUUAAUAAUGAUAAAGUUGUAAAAUAUAUAAAUUUAAAGAAUGAGAAAUGGAAUUUAAUUACAAAGUCAACUGAUUUAAAUGAUAUUGUAAUUUAUACAUAUGGUUUAAUUGUUAAUAAUAAUAAAACCAAAAUCAAUGUUCAAAUUAUGAUAAACUCUGGUAAUUCAACAUCUUAUGAUUUUCUAGGUGACACUUUUACAUUGUUACCAAAUUCAGUUAAAUAUCAAGUUGAAAUUAUUGAAUGGGAUUUUGGAGCAACAUUAAAUUCUUUACAAGUUUUAUUUGAAUCAAAAAUUACUGCUACCAAUAAUAAUAAUAAUUGUGAUAAUGAUAAUCAAGAUCAAGAAAUUUCUAAAAAUAUUUUAAUGAAUGGUCAAUCAAUUAGAACAAUUGAAAUGAAGAGUAUUAAUGGUGAUAUUCUAGUUGGAACAUUUUCAAAUCGUUUAAAAAUUGAUGAAAGAGUAGUUGUUAGUUCAAUUGAAAUUUUAUCACAAGAUUCUUUAUUAUCAAGUAAUAUUUCAACAACACAAAAUCAAUCAGUAAUUCAAGCUAUAACUAUAAACUAUUUUAAAACAAAUGCUAUUAUCGAUCCAAAUUUUGGUGUACUUUUAUCAAAUGAUCAAAAUACUCCAUCUCCAAAUGGUUGUAAUGAAAAUACUAAUUCAUCAAAUAAAUUUGCAUCUUGGAAAAUCGCUGUAAUUGUAGUUUGUUCAGUUGUUGGUAUUUCAUUAAUUGUAGUUUCAACCUCAAUAAUUUAUAGAAAGAUUAGAAAUAAAUCUUUAAUUUUAGAAAUAAGAUUAAAAUUAUCAAAAUAA